AUGUUUUUGAGGUUUUCAAUCAUCUAAAAUUUGCUCAUUUCAACUUCCAACACGUGUUAAAUGUUAGUUUUUUCUUUCCAUACUCAAUUUGUCACACUCAAAGCCGUCGAUAAGAUCAAUCGCAUCGAUCAAACGGCACCCACCGGCGGAAGAUCUUUUUAGUCACGCCGCUUAUCCUCACAGAAUCAGCUCGAGCAGGGUAGUAAUGAAAUUAAUGAACCCAUGACACACAAGGGCGUUCGUGUCGCCGCGUGCCAAUAUGUGUAUAAAAAUGGCACAACAAAGUCAAUCAGACAGUAAAGUGAACCGGCUUGUGUCCAGUAGAACACUUCGCAAACGCAUCAAACCCACUGUAUAAGCGGUAAAGGAUGGAUUUGAAGAAAAGUGUAGCAGUUGUUUUCGUCUCGUUCGGGUGGAUGAUGCUUCUAGCGACUGCAGCUGACCCAGACUGUGAGAACUUAAAAAAUAGACGCGAAGAAAUGGAGCAAUGCUGCCAGGUGAACAUGAUCAUCCCACUGGACGGGGCGGAAGAUUGCUCAUCCAGCGUUGACGAAACCUCCGAACCGCACGACAAAAUGAUGUGUACGCUAGAAUGUAAGCUGAAAUCGCUCGGCCUACUGAACGGGGACGACUUAGUGGAGGCAAAGGUACAGGAAUACAUCGAUCGUUUGGAGGGUGAUUGGAAGGGCACGGCCAAAACCAUUGCCACCGAAUGUAUCACCACCAUCACGGAGAUGAAAAAAAAGAUACAGGAACGAGACCACGAUAUGAAAUGUUCCCCUGUUGGGGCUUUCUUUAUGAUGUGCCUGAUGAAGCAUACGCAAGCCAAGUGCCCGGAAGAUAAAUGGCAAAACACAAGCUUCUGCAACAAGAUGCGAAGCGGUGAAUGCUUCCCAAAGCGCGGCAGACAGUAGGGGCGGUGUCGGAGCAUGGCUUAAUCGGUGUAAAAAAAUACCUGAUAUAUAGAAAAAUAAAAGCAAAUGUUAUAAAAUGUAAUU